AUGAUGCCCGCAAUCUACGACCCGAUCCCCUCCAACACCCACGCCAACAAUGCGCCCUACAAUCUCUCGCUAGCCACCUCCGCUUCCUCAUCCGCUUCCUCUUUCUGGUCUGACGUGUCGUCUCAACAUUCCGACGACUCGGUUUCGACCGCCGCAACAUCGCACUCCGAUUUUUGUGAUUCAUAUUACGCCUCGCAACGCCCUUCUUCUUCUCAAACCUCGGUGAGCUCGCUCGGUAGUUUUUGCGAGCCCGUUUCCCAGACCCGCGCCCCGUGGGCCAAGCACCAGGUCCAACCUCCGGCGCAACUGGAAAUUCCUCCUUCCGAAUAUCGACCGAACCCCCGACGGACGUGCGCCUCGGCCACAUCGCGCACCGGCCGGCCGCCCUCGCUUGUGCGCCAGUCGGACCGAAAGCUUAGCUUCGUCGAGAAUCUUGUCGAUACGUCUACCCACAUUGUCGAGGCAAUCUGGCCGACGUCAUCAGUUCCGCCGCGCAAUGAGAACGGUAGCAAUGCGGUGUUGCCGCUUCGCACCUUCAUCCAAGAGACGCUCCGGCGCUCGCGGACCAGCUAUUCGACGCUGCAGGUAGCUCUUUAUUACUUGGUGCUUAUCAAGUCGCAUGUUCCGUGCUAUAGUUUCACCACGGAGCAGCCCGAUGAUUCGCGCUCGAGUCAGGCCAUCCAGUGCGGCCGCCGCAUGUUCCUUGCCGCUCUGAUCCUGGCCUCCAAGUACCUUCAGGACCGCAACUACUCAGCUCGCGCUUGGAGCAAAAUCUCGGGUCUUGAUACUCUCGAGAUCAACCAGAACGAGAUGACAUUUCUUCUGGCUGUCAACUGGAACCUUCAUGUCACUGAGGAGACCUACAAACGGUGGGCUGACUGUGUCAACAAGUUCACGCCUAGUCAACCUCCUUCGCCUGGCGGGGCUGCGCAGCUUGUCUAUGACAGGCAGUGCAGCGACUUCCGGCGCAUUAUCCUUGGCCUAUCUCCCGAGUUGGACAACUUGAGUGCUCUUAUCCCUUGGUCACCGGUCAGCACAUCUUCAAGAGAGCUUCCCCCGAGGUCCCUAUACACACCCCCGGGGGAACGCCCCACCGCCCUGGCUUUUGACGCUGAGCUUGUUUCGGCGGCAAAGGCACCGACUGGUAUUCCCAGGGUUAUGGAGCCUCUUCCGUCCGUGGCACAUGCCCCCGGCCGUGCCGUUCCAGCGUUCGGCCUCCUCCCGACCCCGCGUUUGACUCCUCAGGUGAGCGGGCUCGGUACUCCUGCUGUGGGUACCGGACCCUCGAUCCUCCGGAGGAGCUCGUCUAUGAGCCUCGCUAUGGCUCAGGCGUCGAUGGCGGUCGCUGCGCAGUCCACUGACAGAUGGCCACCGUCGGCGAUGUCUUCCCCGAUCAAUUGUGUCCCCCGGCGCUCGUCGCUUGCAAACUCGGUCUCCACUGCGUCUUCGCCCGAAUCAAUGGUAUCCGAUUCUUCUCGGGUCUCGCGCUCAUCCUCGAUCUCAUCUACUUCCUCGAUUACUGCGCCGUCGUCUAAGCUGGACGUCCAGGCGCGAUAUCGCUCUGCGAAGUUGGGUGGUGAGAGGCUAAGCGCGCUGCCCACCAUUGCUUCGGUCCCGGAGGACAGCGAGGCGUUCAUCACCUCGUCGCCGGAGUCCUACACGAUCCCAGCUGGGAAGGACAUUGGCUACAUGCCACUGGAGACACCACUCGGGCGCCGAGAACGCGAAAUUGACGACGCGGCCCUUGCGCUUCAACAGCUUCAACGGUCUGGCUCUGCUCGGUCCACGGUUCCCUUCAAGGCCGGGUCGAAGCGGGGCAGAUCAAACUCACUUCAUGAUGAUGUUCGCGAGAUGCUUGCCGGUCAGCAAGGCAGCGGCUCCUGGCCAGAAACUAUGGUCCGCAGCCGAGUUCAGGUUCCAGUUCCCACGCUUCGUGGUGGCUCCAAGCGAGUGUGCUGCUCAACUGAAGCCUCCCGAACGUCCCGGAUCUCCGCCCUUCACCCAGCCGUUGGGGGAUACGGCGGACCGGGUAUGUGGGAUGGAAUCUUGAACUAA